CCAACACACACCUAUACAUACUUAGAUACGUGCACAGAAACUAAAACACAAAAAAAAAAAAAAAAAAAAAAAAAAAAGGUAAAGUGUGGCCAUGCCUCUGCAGUCGAGGAGGUUAUCAAAUUUGCAGACAGAGAGGAAGAAGAGGCUGAGGUUUGCUCUGAUCAUCAUCUGCUGUGUGCUGCUGACGUUAGUCAUCCUGGCACUGGGACUACACUACAUCGUCAGACACAUAAACUCAAAGCUUUACUUCUGCGCUGAGUCGCUGGUGUUCAUUCCCAUUGUAAAUGCAUGUGAUGGGAAGUUCGACUGUGAAGCUGGAGAGGACGAGCUCAACUGUGUGUCCAGGCUGAGGACCAACACCACAUAUCCAGUGAGAUUGAUAGGUGAGAGUUUGAUUUUGCAGGUUUUUGUUAACGGCGAAACAUGGAGCACUGUAUGUGCAGACAACUGGAGAACCCAACACACUCGAUUAGCCUGCCAGCAACUGGGUUAUACACAGAGCCCACGGAGUAUACAAGUGCCCGUGCGGAGUCUACAUCCUGACCUACAGUCUGCGUUCAGUUUCGUCAAUAACGAAGGCCAAGAAGCAAGUGCAAACCUUCAGAAUAUACUCAGUAUGAGAGAUCAGUGUGUCUCCGGCUCAGUAAUAUCGCUGUCUUGCUCAGACUGUGGUGAGGUGGUUGGUGAAGAUCGGAUCGUUGGUGGUACGGAUACAACAGUAGAGUCAUGGCCAUGGCAGGUUAGUUUGCGCUGGGACGGGCAGCAUGCGUGUGGAGGAUCGCUAAUCUCGACACGAUGGAUAAUCAGCGCUGCUCACUGUUUCACUGGAAGAACCAAAGAACUGAGCCAGUGGAGUGUGGUUUUAGGCCAAACCUAUAUAACCUCAUCUGGGGCUGUGUCAGUGGAAAGCAUCCUGCUAAACCAAGCUUACAAAUCUGCCACACAUGACUACGACAUUGCCAUGGUCCGACUCGCCUCUGAUGUUAUUCCUGGAGCCUCCAUCCAUCCAGUCUGCCUGCCCCCAUACCAGCUGUCAAUCAAAGCGGGGGACGAACUUGUUGUAACUGGAUGGGGUGUAUUACAAGAGAAUGGCCAGCUGUCAAAUGUUCUGCAGAAAGCCACGGUUCCUUUGAUUGACAGGUCCGUAUGUUCCAAUGCAUCCAUCUACGGUUCUGCCAUCACUCCCAGAAUGCUGUGCGCUGGCUUUCUGAAAGGAGGAGUAGAUUCCUGUCAGGGGGAUAGCGGGGGUCCGCUGGUGUUCCAGUCGUCCCGGUGGCAGUUGGUGGGUGUGGUGAGCUGGGGAGGCGGCUGUGCCCGUAAAGGCCGACCUGGAGUUUACACCGAUGUCAGACAGCUACUGAACUGGAUUUACAGCAUCAUGAAUAAAUACCCUUAAGAAUCCCAUGCAGUGGAAGCCUGGAGAUGCAUCAAGACCAUUUCAGACCUAAUGACGCAUCAAGACCAUUUCACACAGAUUUUUUUUUUUUAACACAAAAAUGGCUGUACCUGUAUAGUUAAAUCUUUGCUAACAUCAGAAUUAUAUUCUAAAUUAUAAAUUACUGGGCCUCUGGGUACCAUUUAGCAUGAUAGAAAUGAGAUCAUGUUUAUUGGGCCAUGUGGUAGCUCUCUUUAUAUAUUUUAAAGUAGUAUUAGGCAAAUUUGGGCACUUUUUUUUUUAAUUGUAACUAUUUUAGUGUUUGGAUCGGUGUUGUAUUUGAUAUAGAGAUCAAAAUUGUGCCAUGCUUUGUGUUUUAUCACUGUCAUACUGGAAACUUAUAAAUAAAUAUCAAUAAAGAGAUUUAAGGAAUUAUA